AUGGACAGACACACGAAGAGAUUGUACAGACAGCGUGGGUCGAACCUGCGGCGGCUGGUCGAUAUGGACAGCGUCGUGGUGAUCAGGACGCCGCGGAGGCAGUCGCCGCCUGCGAUGCAGUUCGACACGCCGGAGCAAGACGAGGCGGCCCUGGAUUUGGGCGGCAAGUUGGACCUAGGCGAGGAGGGGGAGCUGUCCCUCGUGGCAGAUGCCCCUCCGCCGGUUCCGACGCGAAGAUUCGAGUUUGCGAAGGUCGAUGCUCGGGACAUGCCCGUGUCAAGAGUCUCAGCGGUGUCCAUCUCCGUCGUGGAGCGACUUCUCGAGCAGUUCGUGCAGCAGCAUCUCGUCGCGAAAGCCAAAGCGGAUUUCCACACGGGGGGGCAGCCACAGGCGCAGGCGCCAGGGGCUACUCGCACGAGGAAGAUGAUGUACAAACUGGACUACAAGACUUUCCAGAAGAUCUGGUUCCACGGUAUCGAGCGAGACAUCAACGACCUCAGAGAUAUCGGGUUAGCCAACAAUGAGCUGUUCUACCAGUGGCAAACUCUGCAAAGACGUCGAAGGAAACUCAGUGCUCAACUUGUAGCGCUCAGAGGAGAAGUGGACGCAGCGGAGCAGUCGCACGAAUGGUUCGACCGCUCAGAGGAGAACUCCAGGCUGCAACGCACUUUGCAACUUAACGAAUCUCUGCACAAACUGGAUGCGGCACUCACUACUACAAAACCCAAGGCCACACAACACCAGACGCCACCACACGAACCGGGGGUCAAAGUCCAAGAACUGUGCAGACUACUUGACCCGUACAACGGUCUCCUCGCAAAGGUACAGCGAGCCAACAACAACAACCACAUCGAUCGCGAACCUUGA